AUGUCAUCCCACAACGUGGACUUCCUCUUACGGGGUAAUGAACCGGGUAAACAUUAUUCGGAUAACAGUGAUCUUACAUCUCCAUUACCGUCACUGGACAGAAGUACCGGGUCUCCAGAUUCACUGAGGAGUGAAACAAGCAGUGACAGUCCAGUCUCCAUAAUGGAUGCUCUAAAGUCUCUGCAACAUAAGGCAGCCAUUGUCACUGACACCAAAACGGAUUUGGAAAAACCAGAACACUCGUAUAUUGCUCUCAUUUCUAUGGCAAUACUUAGCUCGCAUAAGAAUAGGAUGGUCCUUGGAGAAAUUUACGAGUUUAUUAUGAAAAGAUUUCCUUAUUACAACAACCAACAAAGGGCCUGGAGAAAUAGCAUCCGGCACAACUUGUCCAUCAACGAGUGUUUUAUCAAGAACGGAAGAGCGGACAAUGGCAAAGGUAAUUACUGGUCGAUCCAUCCUGCUUGUGUAGAAGAUUUUUCUAAAGGAGAUUUUCGUCGCCGGCAAGCCAGAAGGCGUGCACGGAAAAGUGUGAAAAAUGUGAACAGGAAUCAAUUUACUGCCACUGAGUACCACUGUAAUGCCCGGUAUAUGCCCAUGACGCCAUCAUCUUUGGGAUAUCAAUCUAUGACGUUAUCACCUGUUGAAUAUCAGCCAAUGACGUCAUACUCACGUGAUUUUCAGCCAAUGACGCCGCCUCCAUUUAGUUUUCAACCUAUGACCUCACCACUGAUAGGGAGCACACCAAUGGCUUCUCCCCUUGGAUACCAGCGGAUGAGGUCACAGGCGUCGAGUCCAUCUCAGUAUGAACCACCAUCGCAUGUGGGAAGCAAACUGUCUGUCUCUUCCAUUGAUUUAAACCAGAAACCCUUCCGAGGCUUAACGACCACCGUGAAAAUGUCUUCCGAGCAGGGACAACUUUCCAUGUCCGCCAUUUAUUAA